ACUUUCCAACUGUCAAUGGCCGCUGUUGAAAUACAAGAAAAAUACAGAGAAACAUAAAAUUGUAAAUUUAUGAACACAAUUCACUUUUUUACUACACUUACAGGAGUUUGGCAAGUUUGGAGAUAAACAACCAAGUAUUACAUUGAUGCUGCUCUUCACUAAUAAGGAAGAGCCAUUUCAAAAAAUUUGAUAGUGAAAAGAUUAGUGACGCUCUUUUGUGGUACGAAAUUGCUAAGAAUUUGGACAGUAUUAAACGUUCAAAUAAAACUAAAACUGAGCAAGAAUAGAUCCCAACUUUUAACAGUGGUAUUGAUUGUCUACUAUUUUGAAUAAGGAAUAAUGGAAAUACAACAAUUAGAAAUACUUUGUAAGCAGCUCUAUGAGGCCACCGAUUCAGUGAUACGAUCAGAUGCUGAAAAGGCUUUAGUAGCUUUCGUGAGUAGUCAGGAUGCACUACCCAAAUGUCAAAUGUUAUUAGAGCGUGCCGAUUCUAGCUAUGCACAAUUGUUAGCUGCAACGACACUAACAAAAUUGAUACAAGGACUGAACUUGGAACAACGGAUUGACAUAAGGAGCUAUGUAUUGAAUUAUUUGGCCAAUCGGCCGAAUUUACAACACUUCGUAGUGCAGGCACUUGUUACACUUCUUGCCAAAAUUACAAAAUAUGGCUGGUUCGACAUGUACAAAAGCGAUUUGAUUUUUCAAAAUCUUUUUGAAGACGUUAAGAAAUUUUUACAGGGCUCUGUAGAACAUUGCACAAUAGGUGUUCAGAUUUUAUCGCAGCUGGUUCUAGAAAUGAAUUCAAUAAUUGAGGUUGAUGUUAAUUUGACUUUUUCGAAAAAUAGAAAAAUCGCCACUUCGUUUCGUGAUCAGCAACUUUACGACAUUUUUUUACUUUCUUGUUCGUUAUUGGUUACUGCUCGUGAUAACAGUAAAAAUUUAAAUUUUAUGGAUGAAUCCCAACAAGCACUAAUAUCACACGUUUUAAGAUUAACGAAAAAUUGCUUGAGCUUUGAUUUUAUUGGAAGUUCAACGGAUGAAUCAUCCGACGAUAUGAACAGUGUUCAAAUACCCACUUCUUGGCGACCAGCUUUUUUGGAUUCCAAUACAUUAAAGUUGUUUUUCGAUCUUUAUCAGAUACUUCCUAACGGUCUAGCAAGCUAUUCACUGUCUUGCCUCGUACAGAUGACCUCAGUACGCCGGUCUCUUUUUAAUAAUUCAGAAAGAACAAAGUUUCUCACUCAUUUAGUUGAAGGAGUAAAAAACAUUCUUAUGAAUUUGCAUGGGCUUAGUGAUCCUGAUAACUAUCAUGAGUUCUGUCGGUUAUUGGCCCGUCUCAAGUCCAACUAUCAGCUGGGGGAACUUAUUGCAGUUCCAUGUUAUCCGGAAGCAAUUCAGUUGAUUGCUAAAUUUACAGUUCAAUCUCUACAGAUGUGGCAGUUUGCACCCAACAGUGUACAUUACCUGCUCACUUUGUGGCAACGAAUGGUGGCAUCUGUGCCGUAUGUUAAAUCUCCUGAGCCCCAUUUACUAGGAACUUAUACUCCUGAGGUGACAAAGGCUUAUAUUGAGUCUCGUCUAGAUGCUGUUCCGGUUAUUGUUCGUGACAAUAUGGAGGAUCCUUUGGAUGAUUUGUGUAUGGUUCAACAACAAUUGGAACAAUUGUCUGUGAUUGAACGUUGUGAAUAUGACAAAACGUGCACUCUACUCGUGCAGCAUUUCGACCAAAAGGCCAGAGAGUAUGAGAAUUUGCUGCAGACACCUAACGCCAAUCCCAUGGAUAUAACAGUUCAUGAACUGCAACUGACAUGGCUUGUUUAUAUCAUUGGCUCAGCAAUUGUUGGUCGCCUAACAGUUAAUUCAAAUGAUGACCAUGAUACAAUGGAUGCAGAACUAGUGAUAAGAGUUUUACAAUUAAUGAGCUUAACGGAUGCGCGUCUACCGCAAGCAGGCUGUGAGAAACUCGAAUUGGCCGUAUUAAGCUUUUUGGAACAAGUACGAAAAAUGCACAUCAGUGAACAAACACAAAAAGCAAAUGUUUACAAGCGACUGAGUGAAGUCUUUGGUUUAAAUGAUGAACAAAUGCUCUUAAGUUUUAUUAAUCGCAAAAUUAUAACUAAUCUUAAGUUUUGGGGCCACUCUGAACAAAUCAUAACUAAGACACUAAUGUUGCUUUCGGAUCUAUCAGUGCAUUUCAAUUCUGUUAGGAAACUAGCAAAGCUAGAGGAGGUGCAAUUCAUGUUAACCCACCACACGAGUGAACAUUUUCCAUUUCUGGGCACCAACUCAUCUCUGACGGAAAUGCGUUGCCGCACAAUGUUCUACACAUCGCUUGGACGCUUGCUCAUGUUCGAUUUGGGGGAAGACGAAGAACGUUUCUACAACUUCUUAACCCCUCUAACAAAUCAGUUUGAAUCUCUGGGCACAGUGCUAAUGGAUUCCAAUAGCUUUCCCAAUGAGGAAGCGAAGAAGGCAAUUAUUGGUUUGGCUCGAGAUUUACGCGGUCUGGCCCAACCAUUGAAUGCGCGUAUACCCUACACAAUGCUCUUUGAAUGGCUUUACUACGCCGAUUAUUUGCCUAUAUUAAUACGAGCGGUGGAGUUGUGGGCCCAUGACCCAGCCGUCACAACUCCAGUGCUGAAAUUAUUUGCCGAGCUUGUGCAUUGCCGCACCCAACGCCUGCAGGGCAACGUGUCCAGUCCAAUGGGGAUUUUGCUAUUCCGCGAAGCGUCUAAACUAAUUUGCAUUUACGGCAAUCGAAUAUUGCAUCUGGACGUUCCGCGAGACCAACAGUAUCCAAUGCGUCUAAAAGGAAUUUCAAUUUGUUUUCUAAUUCUUAAAAAUGCCUUGGGGGGUAAUUAUGUGAAUUUUGGUGUAUUUAAACUAUACGGUGAUGACACACUCGAUAAUGUUCUCAAUAUUGCUGCGAAACUCAUCAUGUCAAUACAGCAAAACGAUUUAUUGGAAUAUCCGAAAUUGUCUUCGGCAUACUAUGGUCUGCUCAACUGUUUGUCACAGGAUCAUAUAACCUUCCUGGCCGGUUUGGAACCGCGAGCAUUUGUCUAUAUAUUAGAAAGUCUUUCAAAAGGUCUUUCCGCUCUAGAUUCAACAAUUUACAUCAGCUGUUGUUCCAUAUUAGACAGUAUCGUAUCGUAUAUCUUCAAACAAUUGCAAUUAAAAGUUUCAACAUUCCCAAAUAAGAAAUUACGAAACAUAACUCCCGAAAAUGUACAGUUCCUUGAGGUGGUGGAGAUGAACUCAGAUUUACUACAAAACAUGAUGUCCACUUUGUUGAAUAACGUUAUGGCAGAAGAUUGCAGGAAUCAGUGGUCGAUGUCACGCCCCCUUUUAGUACUCAUACUCCUCUAUGAAGACUAUUUUAGAUCCUUAAAGGAUAAUAUAAUCCGUUCACAACCAUUAGACAAACAACAAACAAUGGCACAAUGGUUUGAUGAUCUCAUGGUCGGGAUAGAACGCAACGUCUCUAGCAAAAAUAAAGAGAAAUUUACGCAAAAUCUUUCUUCUUUCCGUCGUGAUGUUGUUAAUUUGCCGAAAUCAUCAAGCUAUAAUACAGUUAAUGUUAUCAGUUCAGUUAGCGAUAUCAAUGAUUUUUUGCUCAACGAGCUCGAGAAAGAGUACAUGAGGGAUGAUGACUAAUAUUUUCCAGGACUUUUGGGAGGAUAAUGCGUACCAAGUAUAUUCUGAGACGAAUUAUUCAGUUUCGGUGUAAUAAUUAUUGGAAGGAAAACAUCCCGUUGACACGUUUGCUGUCCUGCAUUUUUGGUUUAUUUUUGAUUGGAUAAAAAUUUAUUUAUACAGAUU